AUGUUUGUCUUCUUAGCAGUACAUCAAAUACAUGUCCACUCAAUAUGGGUAAAAGUCAAUCAUGACCGUCGCUGGAACGACAUGAGACUGAGUGUGUUGGCGUUGGGCUUGGUCGUCGGGUCGGCCUGCAGCAGCUGCCUCGGCGGAGGCUGUGGCGGAGGAUCCUCUGGUGGCGUCAGCCGCUCCUACGCAGGACCCACCAAUAGCUUCGGAGGAGGAGGAGGAGGAUCCUUCGGGGGAGGAUCGUUUGGAGGCGGAUCCUUCGGGGGAGGAUCCUUUGGAGGUGGUUCGUUCGGAGGAGGUUCUGGAGGCGGCGGUGGAGGAGGAAUAAGUACCAGUUAUGGAGGACCAAGCAAUAACUUCGGUGGAGGAGGAGGUGGCGGUGGGUCCUUUGGGGGAGGUGGAUCCUUCGGAGGAGGAUCUUUCGGAGGUGGUGGCGGAUCCUUCGGUGGUGGGUCCUCUGGAGGAGUAAGUACAAGUUACAGCGGACCAAGGAAUAACUUUGGAGGAGGAGGAAGCGGUGGCAGAGGAUCCUUCGGAGAGGGUCCUUCGGUGGAGGCGGCGGUCGCUUCGGUGGCGGAUCUUCUGGCGGAAGGGGCGGUGGUUUCGGCGGCGGAGGAGGAUCCUUUGGAGGAGGAUCCUUCGGCGGGGAGUGAGCAACACUUACAGUGGGCCAAGCAAUAA